CAUUAGUUGCGUAACGCCUUUGGAAUGGCAUGUGUUUUACGCAGCAGCAGAACAGGUUUUGUUAACACCAAGAAAUCGUCCUACUUUACAUUUAACAUGUGAGACAAAGAUAAGGAGGUAGCAAAGAGUGGAUUACUCCGCCCGAAAAUGUGGUGGGAGGGUUUUCAGAUGAAUUGUAUGAGGGCAGCGGCGAGUUGGGACGCGUCUUUGGAGACUCAAGGUGGAGGAGAAGAAGACUCACCGUGACUUCGUGUGUUUUUUUGUGCUUUUCAUACAGAACCCGCAGACCCACUGUCCGUUUUUCCUGUCACGGUGUGUGUGUGUGUGUGGACGGAGGAGUCUCAGUGGGUUUAGUUGACUCCCGGUCUCUUGAUCCUCGGACAACCUGACAUCCAUCCAAUGUGCGCAAAAGGGCUUUAUUUACUCACAGUCCUGUCUGGACUCGCAGCCUCAGGUGUGCUGCAGGUCGGCGGGAUACGAAUAUACACAUCUGGGGACUUGGAGGCAGUGAACGGGACAGAUAUUCGUAUGAAAUGCACUUUCCAGACUACUGCUCCUAUCAAUCCUUCUGCCUUAACUGUUUCAUGGACCUUCAGGCCUCUUUCACAUGGCAGAGAGGAGUCGGUCUUUCACUAUCAGCAGAAACCAUACCCUCCUAUAGAAGGCACUUUCAGGAAGAAAGUUGUUUGGGCUGGUGACGUCAUGGGCCGUGAUGCCUCCAUCAUAAUCCGGCAGGUGAAGUUCACCUAUAACGGUACUUACAUCUGCCAGGUCAAGAACCCACCAGAUGUCCACGGGACGGUUGGUGAAAUUCGACUUCGUGUUGUCACCACAGCCUCUUUCUCUGAGCUCCUCAUGCUUGCGCUGGCCAUCGGUGGUGGUAUCACCGGCGUUGUGGUCCUUCUCGUCAUCAUCGUGUCAUGCAGGAGAUGCAAAAGGAGAAGACAGAGGAGGGAAGGGAACGAGGAGGCUCCACGUAAAGAGAGAAAAGACCCUACGGCGUGCCACCCGUCGAGGGCCGUCCAUCUCUACCUAUCACAGACUUCCAUAGAGAUUGACAGUUCAGAUGGCAUGAUCUCAGACCCCAGCACUCCAGACUCCAGCUCCUCAGAAGAAGAUGAGAGAAGCUCAGACGACGAUGGUGGCGACGACUCAGACUGAGGAGGUGGGAACAGAAAGAGAGGAAGAGAAACUGAUAUGAAGCCAGCCAGAAAGUUCGCUGGAAGGAUGCCCAGAUGGCACCCUUGGAUUAGACUCCCCAGUAUUGCCAAGAGGAGACCAGAUGAAGUGAGCGCUGCUGCUGCUGAGUCAAAAACAUGCACAUUGUUAAAGUGAAAACGCUGUUAAAAUUUCAGCUUCAGAGUUUCUGAAUAAGAACAAAGAGAAAAAGCAAUGCAUGCGAUGAAGACUGAGCCUUUGAAACAGGAAGGGGAAUACAUUUUGAGGGAGUGGAGUACAGAAAAUCAGGAAGAAAUAAGUUAAUCCUGAUUGUAGGAGCCGACUGGAGGGAAAUCAUCAAUUUACUUUCAAUAAAUACUGUACCUGUUGUUUUAGACAUGCGUCCGUUACAAUCAAGUAUCAAGUAAAUCAACUAGUUACAACAUACAUCUGACAUCAUCAAGAUACUGACAUGUAAGAAGUCAGAAUGAAUAAGGUGUUAGCUGCCAUAAGGAGCUGUAUUUGGACUUUUUUAUUCCUCAGUUAAAUUUUCACAACUCCUCUUUUAAUGCACGUUAUGGUAUAAAUCUUGCAGGAUCAUCUUUCAUUCUUUAGUUUUGCAAUUUAAAGACAUUAGGCGUAAUGUAAGUCUUACAUUUCAGGUAGUUUUCCACACCGUCAUGAUUCCUGCUAGUGUGUAAGCCCUUGUUUGAAGCAGUUUCCUUUAUAACUGGAGGCCAAGGGGUUGAUGAUACUUCAGAUUCCUUUGAUAAAAAAAGAUAAAUGCGUUGUUGCAGUGGUUACGUAAGUGCGAAGGCCAAAUGCUUGAUCAGUGAGCGAGCGACUACAUGCACACACCUGUCCUAAAUGUUGUGUGGGAGUUCAAGAGAAGCGCACAGUCAGUCAGAUCUGAAAACCCUUUGACUGCAAAACGUCCUCAUGAGCCUGUUUUCCUCUGUGCGUCUGUGAAUGCACCAUGUCUACUAACAAACGAUUGUAAUACCAGUUUCUCUCACUUUUGUUGACCGAAUUUUGUACUUAAGAUGUAAUAUUGAGCAAUGUUUAUAGAUUUUUCUUUUUAUUUUAGACAAUACCAGAAGUAUUUUAUUCUAUGUCACUGUGUUUUUAUAGAGCUUUUAUAUAUAUAUAAAAAAAAAAAGAUUUUCUAAUAAAAAUGCCUUUUUAAAUCUGUA